GUCUACCACCACCUGAAGGCCGAGAUCAAGAAGCGCUAUGGCCUCGACGCGACGGCGGUCGGCGACGAGGGCGGCUUCGCCCCCAAUAUCCAGGACAAUCGGGAAGGCCUCGACCUCCUCAAGUCGGCCAUCGAGAAGGCAGGGUACACCGGCAAGAUUAAAAUCGGCAUGGACGUUGCGGCCUCCGAAUUCUUCAAGGACGGGAAGUAUGACCUGGAUUUCAAGAACCCCAACUCCGACCCGGCCAAGUGGAUCAGCGGCGACGAGCUGGCCGACCUCUACCAGUCGUUCAUCAAGGAAUACCCGGUGGUCUCCAUCGAAGACGGCUUCGACCAGGACGACUGGGAGCACUGGGGCAAAUUCAUGGCGAGCACGGAUCUGCAGCUCGUCGGCGACGACUUGACGGUGACCAACCCGAAGCGAAUCCAGACGGCCAUCGACAAGAAGAGCUGCAACUGCCUGCUGCUAAAGGUCAACCAAAUCGGCUCCGUCACCGAGUCGAUCGAGGCGGCCACCCUCUCGCGCAAGAAUGGCUGGGGCGUGAUGGUCUCUCAUCGAUCCGGUGAGACCGAAGACACCUUCAUCGCCGAUCUCGUCGUCGGGCUCGCCACAGGACAGAUCAAGACCGGAGCCCCGUGCCGCUCGGAGCGUCUCGCCAAGUACAACCAGAUCCCUGCGCAUCGAGGAGGAGCUGGCCCGGAUGCCGUCUACGCCGGCGAGCACUUCCGCAACCCCCAAGGAAAA